AUGGUUGAAGUGACGAACAGAAGAGGUGUAAAUAAACUUAAACCCAAUAUAAUUCGAGAUUAUAAUAAAGGCAUGUCAGGAGUUGAUCGAGCUGAUCAAAUGGUAUCUUAUUAUAACUGUCUAAAAAAAAACACUAGAUGGUAUAAAAAAGUAGCUAUUCAUAUUUUCGAUAUAUUUGUAUUUAAUGUUUACUGUCUUAACUGCAAGUAUGAAACAGAUAAAGCAAUCUCCUUGCUUAAAUUUCGGGAAAUAUCUGCUACCAACUUAUUAUGUGAGCACUUAAACGAAGAAACAUUGGUUCCUCAAGUCAACAACAACAAACUUCAUUAUUUGACUGCUAUACCACCAAAUUAA